AUGAACCUACGAGCGUCCCGAGAGAUCCGCGGAGACCCCCCGCCUUGUCAAGCCUACCGAGUGGGCCACUUCUGGCAGGAGCUCUUCAGCGCAGGAAGUAUGGUUGUUCCUAGCCUUUACUUGAUCAUGGCUGUGGACUUUGCGAAACAGCUGCCGCUCAAAAUGUUGACCGUUGCCACUGUUGUGCACUGCCUUGCUUCAGCAAGUUACCACUGCCAGUGCGCAUAUUACACCACUGACCCACGCUGGGAUCACUUGAAGAGCCCCUUUCGCACAGCGGACAUGUGUUUGAUUCAUGUUUGUAUGUUUACCUACUGCUACGCAGUGUCGCCUGGAUUGUGGUAUUUACCGGCGCUAGCCUUUGCUACAAACGGCUUCUGCAUGUUGCUGCUUCUGUACCGGCGGCUUCAUUCAAUCCCGGGAAGCAAAGCCGACUCCUACCGCGUUAUUGCAUGCAUCCUGCUUUACACUUCGGCGAUGCUUUGGAGAGGAGAUUUCUCAAGCUAUGCCGGUGUCAUGGCUUCGUAUGGGUUGGGAGGAUACUUCUGGACGAGGAACGAGAAGCUUGGCCACUGGGGCCACGGGCUGUUUCAUUUGAUGCUGGUGCCCUGCACCUACUGCGUGGUUCGAAGUGCAACCUUCCAGGUCGAGUAG